CUCUCACAUAUAUUUUUUUUGUUUUUUUUUGUUGACGCUCUCGACCUCAGCUGCCGAGAAAGAAAUACCCUAACCCUAAUUUCUGGUUUCCUGCCUCCAUUGAUUUGAGAAAUCAAUUCUUGAUCGGAUUUGGGAAUAGUUUUCAGUAGUUUGUUUUGAAUCACCUGGUGGGAAUCAAUUUCUUUCGGGGGUAUAAAGAAAUUUGAAGAGAUUUGAUUGUUGUUGAUCUUUUUUCUGAAGAAAAAGAUGUCUCGUUGCUUUCCUUACCCUCCACCAGGGUAUGAGGUGAAGAAGAAUGGCGUUCUUGACCUGGAUCUUCUUGAAUCGAUUAAGCGAGAUAGUGAGAAAAUCAAGAAGGAAAGAAAGAAAGAGAAGAAGAGAGAUAAGAAACUUAAGAAGGAACAAUCGAAGGAAAGUGGGGAUACCCAAAAGAAAGAACGAAGUCACGAAAAGAGGCAUAAAUCAGAUGGCAAGGCAGGAGACGGUCUAAAGAAAAAAGAGCUUGAAUCUGAGCAAUUAGAGAAAAGCUGCCUUACUGAAGACCAAGGGCAACCUGCCAACACUCAGAACCUCUAUGAUUCAUCUGACAGCACACUGAAUAGUAACAACAAGAGGAAGAGACAUAGUUCACCUUCUGAUGUCAGCCGUAGCAGUGGGAACUCAGUGUUGAUCAAAUUGCCUCUCCAAAAACACAAGGAUAUAGAGCUGCCAACAAGCAACUCAGUGUUGAUCAAAUCGCCUCUCCAAAAACACAAGGAUAUAGACCUGCGAACAAGCAACGAGCAACCCUGCUCUGUAUCAGGAAGAACUGAGAUCAUCACAAUCCUGAGAGAUGAAUUACCCUCUCUAAGAGCAGCCAAGCAGUCUUGUUCCACAUCAGGGAGAAAUGAGCUUCAUACGCAAGAUGUUCAUGUUCCAACAAUGUGUAGCUCUAGAAGUGCUCCACGUGGUAUAGAUUUGCAGUUCAGAGAUCUGAUUGAGAACUGGGUGCCACCUACACUGCAACUUUAUCGAACUGAUUUCGAUGAUCAGGAGUGGCUCUUUGAGACGAAUCCACAACGAAGGCAUGAAGCCAAAAGAUUAAAACCUAGUAGCAUGGACAUUGACUCAAGUCGUGGAAGCUCAGGGUGGCCACGAGCCUGUUACUUGCCUGCUGCUGAUAUAUAUUCCCUGCCAUACACAGUACCCUUCUGAAGCAGAGCUAGCAGACUUAUGUGCCGCGAAAUAUUUUUUCUGAUCCUUUAUAUGGACUCGUAAUACACACUGGCUGUGGAGUUUUCAUGUAAAAUGAGAUCCUGAGAGCUGAGUUUCGUGUAUAUGUAACAACAGAAAUGAUUAACACACCGUGAUGUUACACCACGGGGCGCACCGAAGCAUUGCAUGUGAGAGGGGCUGGUGGGGGCCACUUCUGCCCGCACUUAUCCCGAUGCUGAGCACGCGCAUCGGGACCGUCCAUUGCCCUCGUUAUGCAUUUCACGGUGUAAAACCGUUGUGUGUGUAUCACAGCUGAUGUAACAACAGACACCUCUCUCUAGAUGUGCUCUAGACGUGCUCAAACAUUUAAAGAAAUAGAAAAAAGAAAUUAUGUUCGUGGUGCAUGUCCCCAAACUUUAU